AGCGCUUGUAGCAGAAGUGCAAUAGUGAGCGCUGUGUCUGUCAGUCAGGCGGUAGUUCCGGGUUCUGUCUUCAUUUCUGCUGUGGUGUCCUCGUCUUAUGUUGUAGGCAGAAAAAAGUCACUUUCGCCCACUUUAGGCAAUCAUGGCUCUUCUAAUGGAGCACCAGUUCCGGCAACUUCCAGCCGACAAACAAGUGGAAACCCGGCCGUUUCUCGAGGCGGUGUCUCACCUUCCUCCUUUCUUCGAUUGCCUCGGCUCUGCAGUUUUUUCCCCCAUCAAAGCCGAUAUUGCGGGAAACAUCACUAAAAUCAAGGCAGUGUAUGACAGCAACCCCACCAGGUUUAAAACCCUGCAGCAAAUUUUGGAAGCAGAAAAAGAGAUGCAUGGAGCCGAGUGGCCAAAAGUAGGAGCAACACUCGCCCUCAUGUGGCUAAAAAGGGGGCUGCGCUUUAUCCAGGUUCUUCUCCAAAGUCUAGUAGAUGGUGAUAAAGACGAUAACAACCCAAACCUCAUCAAAGUCAACGUCACCAAAGCUUAUGAGAUGGCUUUAAAGAAGUAUCAUGGCUGGAUUGUCCAGAAGCUAUUUCAGGCUGCGCUAUAUGCCGCUCCAUACAGAUCUGAUUUUCUCAGAGCUCUUUCUAAAGGCCGAGAGGUUAAGGAUGAAGAAUGUUUGGACAAAGUGCGGCAGUUCCUAGUAAACUUCACAGCUACUAAUGACGCCAUCUAUGAAAUGUACACCAAGAUGAACGCAGAUCUAGACUAUAAAGUGUGAACUCUCAUUGACAAAACAAGCAAACUUCAGACCUCAUCUGCUGUCCUCCCGGUGGAUCUCUGUUGCCUCCCUUCAGACGUCUGCUCACUGGACCGCUCUCUUCUCCUACUGGAUCCUGCUUCUAUCUUAUUUUCUCCUGGGGGACAAUUAGGGUCCAAGCUGCUGAAGACGGUUUCAGAAGGGAAGGCUGUCUGUUAUUGUUUGUUCUUCUCACCGUUUCAGUGCUUACGCGUUUGUUUGUUUUUUAAAGUAUUUUUUUUCUUUUCUUUUAGUGAGAGUUUUUUAACUUUAACUACUGAUCAUUUCUGCUUGAUUCUUAAACCAUGUGCACUUUAAGUGUGUGUAUGGAACAGUGUUGGGUGAAGUUACUUUUAAAAGUAAUAUAUUACAUUUUUAAGCCUAUACUGCUUGUUCAAAUUACUGUACUUAUUUAAAAUGAACUGAAUCAACACAUUUCUUGAGUUUUUGGGGAGACAACUUU